UCGCUCCGAGAGCGCCUGUCCCGCCCCGCGGGGCGACUUCUCCCUUUCGGCCCUGAGGUUCAGGAUCCUGGGUGGGGCAGCUGCGCCUCCGGGACGGCCCUAGCCGCAGAGCGCCCAGACCUGGGCCGCCGGAGUCCGUUCAGAAGUCCACGCAGCCGGCGCCGCCGCACCUGAGCCCCGGCUCCGGUCACGCCGCUGCGCCGGAAGCGCGGGCGGAGCGCACGGGCCGGGGGAGAGUAGCCUGCGCCCAGGAGGGGGACCCAAGUCCCCAGGGUGGUGGCGGAGUCCCGCCUCCCGCCAGCGGGGGCGAGGACCUGCGACGCGCACCCCUCCGCCCACGCACCCUGCCCGGCCGGGUCUCCUCAGCACCAGCGCCACGCACACCCGACUUCCUCAGCUUCUAGCCCUCACGCUGCCAACUUCCCUGCGAGGAGGAACCUGCCGCCAGCCUGCUUUCUCGCCCGCAGGCCCUGCGCUGAACGCCGCGGCGCCCAGGGUUCACCUUACGCCGUCGGGAAAGCCCAUGAACUCUCCAGAAACAGCGUAAAGGAGGGUCCCGCCGCAACGCACGACUGGGGCCCCUGGGUUCCCCCUGGGUGGAGCAGCUGCAGCAGAGCCGGGAAAGUAGUGGAGGAUGAUCUUGCGGCCGAAGGGGACCUCGGCGCAGUAAUGUCAACAUGAUGUUUCGCUCAGAUCGAAUGUGGAGCUGCCAUUGGAAAUGGAAGCCCAGUCCUCUCCUGUUCUUAUUUGCUUUAUAUAUCAUGUGUGUUCCUCACUCAGCAGUGUGGGGAUGUGCCAACUGCCGAGUGGUUUUGUCCAACCCUUCUGGGACCUUUACUUCUCCAUGCUACCCUAACGACUACCCGAACAGCCAGGCUUGCAUGUGGACGCUCCGAGCCCCCACCGGUUAUAUCAUUCAGAUAACAUUUAACGACUUCGACAUUGAAGAAGCUCCCAAUUGCAUUUAUGACUCAUUAUCCCUUGAUAAUGGAGAGAGCCAGACUAAAUUUUGUGGAGCAACUGCCAAAGGCCUAUCAUUUAACUCAAGUGCGAAUGAGAUGCAUGUGUCCUUUUCAAGUGACUUUAGCAUCCAGAAGAAAGGUUUCAAUGCCAGCUACAUCAGAGUUGCUGUGUCCUUAAGGAAUCAAAAGGUCAUUUUACCCCAGACAUCAGAUGCUUACCAGGUAUCUGUUGCAAAAAGCGUCUCCAUUCCAGAGCUCAGUGCUUUCACACUCUGCUUUGAGGCAACCAAAGUUGGCCAUGAAGACAAUGAUUGGACAGCUUUCUCCUACUCAAAUGCAUCCUUCACACAAUUGCUCAGUUUUGGAAAGGCCAAGAGUGGCUACUUUCUAUCCAUUUCUGAUUCAAAAUGUUUGCUGAACAAUGCAUUACCUGUCAAGGAAAAAGAAGACAUUUUUGCGGAAAGCUUUGAGCAGCUCUGCCUUGUUUGGAAUAAUUCUUUGGGCUCUAUUGGUGUAAAUUUCAAAAGAAACUAUGAAACAGUUCCAUGUGAUUCUACCAUUAGUAAAGUUAUUCCCGGGAAUGGGAAAUUGUUGUUGGGCUCCAAUCAAAAUGAAAUUGUCUCUCUAAAAGGAGACAUUUAUAACUUUCGACUUUGGAAUUUUACCAUGAAUGCCAAAAUCCUCUCCAAUCUCAGCUGUAACAUGAAAGGGAAUGUAGUCGACUGGCAAAAUGACUUCUGGAAUAUCCCAAACCUAGCUCUGAAAGCUGAAAGCAACCUAAGCUGUGGUUCCUACCUGAUCCCGCUCCCGGCAGCAGAACUGGCCAGCUGUGCAGACCUGGGGACCCUCUGUCAAGCUACUGUAAACUCUCCUAGUACUACACCACCCACUGUCACCACUAACAUGCCUGUUACUAACAGAAUCGAUAAACAAAAGAAUGAUGGAAUUAUCUAUAGAAUAUCCGUAGUGAUUCAAAACAUCCUUCGUCACCCUGAGGUAAAAGUACAGAGCAAGGUGGCAGAAUGGCUCAAUUCAACCUUCGAAAAUUGGAACUACACGGUUUAUGUCAUUAAUAUCAGUUUUCACCUGAGUGGUGGAGAGGACAAGAUUAAAGUCAAGAGAAGCGUUGAGAAUGAGCCAAGGUUGGUGCUUUGGGCCCUUCUAGUUUACAAUGCUACCAAUAAUACUAAUUUAGAAGGAAAAAUCAUUCAGCAGAAGCUCCUAAAAAAUAAUGAGUCCUUGGAUGAAGGCUUAAGGCUACAUACAGUGAAUGUAAGACAACUGGGUCACUGUCUUGCUGUGGAGGAACCCAAAGGCUACUACUGGCCAUCUAUCCAACCUUCUGAAUACGUUCUUCCUUGUCCAGACAAACCUGACUUUUCUGCUUCGCGGAUAUGUUAUUACAAUGCUACCAACCCAUCGGUAACCUACUGGGGACCUCCUGAUAUCUCCAACUGUUCAAAAGCAAAUGAUGUUGCUAACCAGAUUUUAGAUUUAACUGCUGAUGGGCAGAACUUAACCUCAGCCAAUAUUACCAACAUUGUGGAACAGGUCAAAAGAAUUGUGAAUAAAGAAGAAAACAUUGAUAUAACACUUGGCUCAACUCUAAUGAAUAUAUUUUCUAAUAUCUUAAGCAGUUCCGACAGUGACUUGCUUGAGUCUUCUUCUGAAGCUUUAAAAACAAUUGAUGAAUUGGCCUUCAAGAUAGACCUAAAUAGCACAUCACAUGUGAAUAUUACAACUCGGAACUUGGCUCUUGGCGUAUCAUCCCUGUUACCAGGGACAAAUGCAAUUUCAAAUUUUAGCAUUGGUCUUCCAAGCAAUAAUGAAUCAUAUUUCCAGAUGGAUUUUGAGAGUGGACAAGUCGAUCCACUGGCGUCUGUAAUUUUGCCUCCAAACUUACUUGAGAAUUUAAGUCAAGAAGAUUCUGUAUUAGUCAGAAGAGCACAGUUUACUUUCUUCAACAAAACUGGACUUUUCCAGGAUGUAGGACCCCAAAGAAAAACCUUAGUGAGUUAUGUGAUGGCGUGCAGUAUUGGAAACAUUACUAUCCAGAAUCUGAAGGAUCCUGUUCAAAUAAAAAUCAAACAUACAAGAACUCAGGAAGUGCAUCAUCCCAUCUGUGCCUUCUGGGAUCUGAACAAAAACAAAAGUUUUGGAGGAUGGAACACGUCAGGAUGUGUUGCACACAGAGAUUCAGAUGCAAGUGAGACGGUCUGUCUGUGUAACCACUUCACACAUUUUGGAGUUCUGAUGGACCUUCCAAGAAGUGCCUCACAGUUAGAUGCAAGAAACACUAAAGUCCUCACUUUCAUCAGCUAUAUUGGGUGUGGAAUAUCUGCUAUUUUUUCAGCAGCAACUCUCCUGACAUAUGUUGCUUUUGAGAAAUUGCGAAGGGAUUAUCCCUCCAAAAUCUUGAUGAACCUGAGUGCAGCCCUGCUGUUCCUGAAUCUCCUCUUCCUCCUAGAUGGCUGGAUCACCUCCUUCAAUGUGGAUGGACUUUGCAUUGCUGUUGCAGUCCUGUUGCAUUUCUUCCUUCUGGCAACCUUUACCUGGAUGGGGCUAGAAGCAAUUCACAUGUACAUUGCUCUAGUUAAAGUAUUUAACACUUACAUUCGCCGAUACAUUCUAAAAUUCUGCAUCAUUGGCUGGGGUUUGCCUGCUUUAGUGGUGUCAAUUGUUCUAGCGAGCAGAAACAAAAAUGAAGUCUAUGGAAAAGAAAGUUACGGGAAAGAAAAAGGUGAUGAAUUCUGUUGGAUUCAGGAUCCAGUCAUAUUUUAUGUGACCUGUGCUGGAUAUUUUGGAGUCAUGUUUUUUCUGAACAUUGCCAUGUUCAUUGUGGUAAUGGUGCAGAUCUGUGGGAGGAAUGGCAAGAGAAGCAACCGGACCCUGAGAGAAGAAGUGUUAAGGAACCUGCGUAGUGUGGUUAGCUUGACCUUUCUGUUGGGCAUGACGUGGGGUUUUGCAUUCUUUGCCUGGGGCCCCUUAAAUAUCCCCUUCAUGUACCUCUUCUCCAUCUUCAAUUCAUUACAAGGCUUAUUUAUAUUCAUCUUCCACUGUGCUAUGAAGGAGAAUGUUCAGAAACAGUGGCGGCGGCAUCUCUGCUGUGGUAGAUUUCGGUUAGCAGAUAACUCAGAUUGGAGUAAGACAGCUACCAAUAUCAUCAAGAAAAGUUCUGAUAAUCUAGGAAAAUCUUUGUCUUCAAGCUCCAUUGGUUCCAACUCAACCUAUCUUACAUCCAAAUCUAAAUCCAGCUCUACCACCUAUUUCAAAAGGAAUAGCCACACAGAUAAUGUCUCCUAUGAGCAUUCCUUCAACAAAAGUGGAUCAUUCAGACAAUGCUUCCAUGGACAAGUCCUUGUCAAAACUGGCCCAUGCUGAUGGAGAUCAAACAUCAAUCAUCCCUGUCCACCAGGUCAUUGAUAAGGUCAAGGGUUAUUGCAAUGCUCAUUCAGACAACUUCUAUAAAAACAUUAUCAUGUCAGACACCUUCAGCCACAGCACAAAGUUUUAAUGUCUUUAAUGUAACAAAAAGAAAUCAAUCUGCAGAAAUGUGAAGAUUUCCAAGCAGUGAAAACUGCAACUAGCGAUGUAAAUGUGCUAUUACCUAGGUAACUGCAUAUAUAUAAGGAAUGUAUUUUGUUAAGAAGGCUUUUGUGAAAUUCAUAAUUUUUCUUUUUAAUAUAUUUCUUCCAUGGAAGAGUUGUCAUCAUCACUAAAACUUCAGUACUGAGAGCAACAUGACUCAGUAGCCACAGAAGCUAUGAUUUUUAAAAUGUAUAAUUGAAUCAGAGUAAUCAUAAUUCAGGGGAGACAUUCAAAUUAGAGACAAGGGAGAAGCAACGCUGAGGAAGACCCUAGAUACAGCUCAUUUUAGUCCACCUAGUCAUUAUAUCUGGAUGUACCCAUUUUCUGCGUCUUCUUUCUCAACAAUAAAAAAUGUAACUAUUUUGAAUGCCCACAAAUCCCAUUCCAGUGUUACUUUCUGUGAAUGCAGUACCAUGUUCUCAUUUUCAAUGACAUUUCAACCACAGGCAGAAGAGAUUGUUUACUGCUUGACCCAAAGGAUUUUUUUAUUAUUUUAAAUAUUACGCCUUCAGAACCAUAACAUGCUUAAGAAAGUUUUCCCAAAAUGUUGACCUAGUUAAAUGAGGCUAUGUGAAUUUCUAAUAUUUUACUUAUUCUAUUCAAGGCAUAGGGCCAAAGCAUUAAGUAUAAUUUAAUCCCAUACAUUCGAGUUAAGUUUAGUGUUGAUGUUCCAUCAAUGUGGAUCUCCCAGGAGUUGUUUAAGAAUGAAUCUCUUACACCUCUACUUUUGCCCCUCUACUGUAUAUUAAGCCCAUAGGCUUGGGGGAGGAAGGAGAAUUUCCAUUAGGCAAGCUGUAUGCAGUGGAGUUUUCCUUUUAGGAGACACACAGUUGAGACUCUCUGGUUCUGUCCUUGCUUUGGAGACUUUAAGACAUUUCCUAACACACAAAUGAAAGCCUCGUAUUUCCCCAUUGAGAGUUUUGUUCCAAGGAAUAUGAAGUGAGACAUAUGGGUGAGUCAUAAUAAUCAAAAUAAUUUAUAAACAGCUGUGUCUGCAAUAGCUAGUCUAAAAACUACUUGUGUGUCAGUCCUCUGGUUAUAGUAUAUAAGAGCCUAAGGAGGUCUGGCAAGAUAGAUGGUGUAUUAUUUAUGGAUCGGCUGCUGCAUAGGAGCCUUGCAUACUGUUAUGCAGCUUACCUAACUCUCAGACUAUUCUGAGUAAUGCUUGCUUGCUAAUGAAUGUAUAGGAGACCACACUGUAAUUGUUCUUAGAUGAUGGAAUCCAUGCAGUUUCUUAGAAAUCGGUCUCAGUGCAUGCUGUACUUUUUCACAUUUGCUCUGGGUUAUCUGGGAAGUAUCAGGUUCUGGGAGGCAACAGCGUUAAGUGAUAAGAAAAGGAGACAUUCUGGUAAAGCCAGUCUGCUUAAAUGCAAAGUCCAGAACCUGGAGCCUAGAGGCCUUCCUCUCUGCCCCCCAAAACACAGGCAGUUUGCAGUCUGAGACAUGGGAGAGCUUUCAGGCUACACAGCAACCCUAGGGACCUCUCACCUUUUGCUGAGCUUCAAUCAGGAAGCUAUUUGCCCGGCUCCAGCAGAUGAUGAGAUAAUGAGGUAGUGGGUUUUUUAUUACUGUUCCAUUUUGCAACAUCCUGCAACACCAUUCUGGGAGACAAGAGCAUUACCCAGCGUAGCUUUCACAGGGGAAGGUUAUAUUCAGUAGAAAAGAAUAGUAAAUCUAAGGUCACUGAGAUUCACUACAGCAGAGCCAAAUCCUUUUCAAUAGGCGUAUAUUAACAGGCUGCUUAUUUUGGCAGAGGUUACAACAUAUAGAUGAAAAUGAAUCUUAGUCACUGAAUAUUCAUAUACAUUUCCCUCAAUAUCUUAGACAUUCAUGGUAGAUUUUAAUUAGUUAGCUUUCUAACUAGUCAGAUUUCUGCCCAAAGUUCUUAGUCAAUAGUAAUUAAGAUAUAGCUUCAAAAAUGGCUUUGCUUUUGAUUUCUACUCAUAUUCAUAUGGCUCCAGAAAAAUAUUUUUUUCAUAUUUGACAAUGUCAGCUCCACUUUAGAAAUUUUCAAUAACCUGAUGAGAAAAAAUUAAGAAAUUGCUCAACAGAAACAUUUGUAAAUGGAUUUGAAAGAUUGAGCCAAAUUCUGUUGUCAGUUCUAAGCAUGCAGUUCUCACCUCCAUUUAGGCCCCCAUCAGAUGAGGGUCAGGAAUUUAGCUGGGGAGCCUAAAUUUAGUUCAGCCUACCUUUGCGAAUAGCAUCAGUUCAGACUGUCUUUUCAUUAUGUUUUCUUUUCUUUUUCCCUGUUAUUAAACUACAUUGUGUUAGAGUUGUAGUCUAGGAUCCUGAGAUAUUUUCCAUUCUUGUCACCAUUUACUUGCAUUGUAAAGAUUUUUGUCUAUUGUUGGCAUAGAAUCUUUUGUACAUAUUUAUUUAUUUGUGUUUAUACAUGUCAAUUGGUUUCCUAUCUUAGCUUGAUAUUGCCUAGCUUUGUUGUUUUAAUUAACUUUCUAUUAGAGAGACUGUAUAUAUUUUUUCUAAAUACUUUGUGAUAUCAUUUUUGGGCAAUAUCUUUGAAUAUGAUGAAUAAAAGUGACUGUGAGUGCAAAUAGAAUUAGCAGUGAGAAGCUACUCUAGCUAAUUUGCCAUUUUACUUAAAUGGAAAGUGUUUUUCAAAUAAAUACUUAUGUUGUUCAUGUUCCAAGUUA